UCUGUGAUUUCGUUGCUCUACAAGCGGCCGUAAGUUUUAAUACUUUGAAUACUCUGUGUUUAAUUUUAAAUUAUACAAGCUGUAUACAAUAAUUUUUUUUAAAUUUUUUUCAUAAAAUAAUAAUUUUAAAUUAAAUUGAGUUAAAUACUUGUAAAUAAAAUGGCAAAUCGACCUUCUAAUAGUCCGAGUCAGUGUACAUGGACGCCAAAUGCUACGAAUCCUCAUAUUAAACGUAAUGUAUUCAAUGAUAGAAAAAAAGCAUUGCCGAAUAUUCUAGAAUGCAUUGGUCAAACGCCCAUGGUAAAGCUAAAUAAAAUUCCAGCAUUAUAUGGAAUUGAAUGCGAAAUUUUCGUAAAAUGUGAAUUUUUAAACCCCGGGGGAUCUGUAAAAGAUCGGAUUGGUUAUCGAAUGGUGCAAGAGGCUGAAGAUAAAGGAUUAUUGAAACCUGGUUAUACAAUAAUAGAACCGACAAGUGGAAAUACUGGGAUUGGUUUGGCAAUGGCUGCUGCUGUUAGAGGAUACCGUUGCAUUAUCGUGAUGCCGCAGAAAAUGUCCAAUGAAAAAUUAUUUACUUUGCAAGUUCUGGGGGCUGAAAUAAUACGAACACCCACUGAAGCAGCAUGGAAUAGUCCUGAAGGGCAUAUCAGCGUAGCUGAAAAACUUCAGAGAGAAAUACCUAACAGUAUAAUUUUGAACCAAUAUCUUAAUCCUGGUAAUCCAUUAGCGCAUUAUGACCAGACAGGUCAAGAAAUUUGGGAUCAAUGUGAAGGAAAAAUAGAUUAUUUAGUUGCUGGAGCUGGUACUGGUGGAACUGUUACAGGAAUAGGCCGAAAAUUGCGUGAACUAUCACCGAAAAUAAAAAUUGUCUCUGUCGAUCCUAUUGGAAGUAUUUUAGCUGAACCACCAGAACAAAAUGAAACUAACAAAACAUUUUAUGACGUCGAAGGUAUUGGUUACGAUUUUAUUCCGACUGUUUUGGACCGUACAGUUGUUGACGUAUGGAUAAAGAGUGAUGAUAUGGAGUCAUUCAAUAUGUCGAGAUUGUUAAUAAAAGAAGAAGGUUUGUUGUGUGGCGGAAGUAGUGGAUCUGCUGUUUCUUCGGCAUUGAAAGUAGCUAAAGAUUUGCCGAAAGACAAGAGAGUAGUUGUAUUACUACCUGACGGAAUUCGAAAUUACAUGACUAAAUUUGUAUCAGACAAUUGGAUGGUUGCACGUGGAUACAUGAAUCCGCCAGCACCAGCAGGAAGUGAAAGUUGGUGGAACAAGCCCUUACCAGCUGACAAAAUUAUGAAACCAAAAACUUUGUCUGCAAGUACGACUUGUAGAGAAGCAUAUGAUAAAUUGAAAAAUGAAACUGCUGGUUUUAUUUUAAUUGUUAAUGAUAAUGAUAAAGUAAUGGGUUACAUUACAUUGCAAUCAAUUAGAGCCGGGUUAAUGAACAGCUCAGCUAAAUGGUCGGACUCCAUUGAGAAGAUAAUUAACAAACAAUUUUACAAGAUACCGAAUACUUCAAGUCUUGGACGCAUUUCAGUGACACUUGAUAAAGAACUUUUUGUUGUAAUUGUUGAUGACAAAAAUUAUGGAGACGAAUUUCUUGGUAUUGUUACACAAGAAAAUCUUUUUGAUAUUAUUAAUCAAUGAUAAUUUACGAAUAUGUAUUUUUUGACAUUAAUUAAAUAUAAAAAUUUAUCAAUUGUAA